GAAAAUGCAUGGUUUCCUUUCUGGUCAGAUGAGGUCGGGGCUGUGGUGUUCGACGUCGGAAGCCAGAGCCUUCGUGCUGGAUAUGCUGGGGAAGAUUCUCCAAAGGCCGAGAUCCCAUCUUUUGUGGGAGUCUACGAGGAAGAAGUGGAGCGAGAUGGAAACAAGAGCAUGGAGAAGAAGUAUCUCAUUGACAGCACUGCCAUUCGUGUCCCUAAGCAAGGAGUGGAGAUGCAGACGUACCUGAAGGACGGGAUGAUCGAAGACUGGGAUCUGUUCGAGAAAGUCUUGGACUUCACUUACAAGAAAUACAUCCAGUCUGAAUCCCUUUAUCAUCCUGUGCUCAUCUCAGAAGCUCCAUGGAACUUAAAGGCCAAGCGAGAAAAGCUGGUGGAACUGAUGUUUGAAAAGUAUCAGGUACCAGCUUUCUACCUGGUGAAGAAUGCAGUGUUGGCCUGCUUUGCCAACGGGCGAUCUACCGGUCUGGUUCUCGACAGUGGUGCCACUCAGACCUCUGCCAUUCCGGUUCAUGAUGGAUUCGUUCUUCAGCAUGCUAUCGUGAAGAGUCCCCUUGCCGGAGAUUUCAUCUCUAUACAAUGCAAGAGUUAUCUGGAGGAGAACAAUAUUGAUAUUGUGCCAACUUACUUGAUUGAAAGUAAGGAAGCAGUGAAGGAGUAUGAUUCUGCAAAAUGGGUAAAAAGAAAGAAACUUCCUGAAGUUUCCAAGUCAUGGCACAACUACAUGGUGAAGGAAGUAGUUCAAGACUUUCAGGCAGCCGUGCUUCAGGUAGCAGAUCAAGGCUACGACGAGGAGACCAUCUCGAACAUGCCCAUGAUCCAUUUCGAAUUUCCUUCCGGCUACCAUCAGGACUUUGGACCCGAAAGAUUCCGCAUCCCUGAGCCACUUUUCGAUCCGAGUCGUAUCCCUGGAUCCAAUUCUCCCUUGUCCAUGGGAAUGGCUCACAUUGUGAGCAUGAGCAUCAACAUGUGCGAUGUUGAUCUUCGGCCUAGCCUGUACAAUAGUGUGAUAGUGACAGGAGGUAACACCCUCCUUCAAGGUUUCACUGAUCGCUUGAAUCGUGACCUGUCCCAAAAGACUCCACCUAGCAUGAGGUUCAAGAUGAUGAGCGCCAAUGGAACCUCAGAAAGACGAUUCGGAGCCUGGAUCGGCGGCUCCAUCCUUGCAUCCCUGGGAUCUUUCCAACAGAUGUGGAUAUCCAAGUUGGAAUAUGAAGAGAAUGGGAAGAGCCAAGUGGAAAAGAAAUGCCCAUGAAUCUCUUUCAAUCUCUCUCUUUCUGUGUCACUGUCUUCUCAUGAUCACCUCUGAAUGAUUAAAUCAGAGAAUGCCUCCUGU